GUAAGACACGUGGGUCAACAUGGUGGUUCACUAGAAGUCGCAUGCGGUAUUUUUUUACACUUCGAGAAAUCAGUGUAUAAGUAAGGUUAGGUGUAUAUUUAAGUAAAACUGCAGGCUGUGAGUAAUUAAAUUAUAUAUUACGGUGUAACCCGGAUUGAACAGAAGGAUCCACAAUGCAACACGACGAUGUAAUAUGGGACCUGAUCGGAAAUAAACAGUUUUGUUCUUAUAAAGUAAAAACAAAAACGAAGAAUUUCUGCCGGAAUGAGUACAACAUCACGGGUGUGUGCAACCGGCAGUCGUGUCCCCUGGCCAACAGUCAGUACGCCACCGUCAGAGAGGAAAAAGGUCGGUGUUUCCUCUACAUGAAGGUGAUCGAGAGAGCGGCUUUUCCAGCACGCAUGUGGGAGAAGGUGAAGCUGAAUCAGAACUAUGAGAAGGCUCUUCAGGAGAUCGACGAGAACCUCAUCUACUGGCCGCGCUACAUCCGGCACAAGUGCAAACAGCGUUUCACCAAAAUCACACAGUACCUCAUCCGUAUCCGCAAACUCACACUGAAGAGACAGAGGAAACUUGUUCCACUUAGCAGGAAGGUAGAGAGGAGAGAAAGAAGGAGAGAGGAAAAAGCCCUGGUCGCUGCUCAGGUGGAGAACGCCAUCGAGAAAGAGCUGCUGGAGAGGUUAAAACAGGGCACGUACGGAGACAUCUACAACUUCCCCAUCCACGCUUUCGAUAAAGCUCUGGAGAAACAGGACGCAGAGAGUGAGACGGAAGAAGAGGAGGAAGAUGAAGAAGAGGAGGAAGAGGAGGAUGAGGAUGCAGGGAAGAGAGAAUUUGUCGCAGAUGACGAGUUCGAAGAAAGUGACCUCAGUGAUUUUGAGGAUAUGAACAACUUAAAGGGCAGCGAUGAGGAGGACGAGGAGGAGGAAGAGGGCUCAAGUGAGGAGGAGGAGGAAUCGGAAGAGGAAAUGGAGGAAGAAGUCGAGGAAGAGGAAGAGUCCAGAGUCAAGUCGAAAGGAAAGACUCCGCUCAAAGGACCAGCGAGGAAGAAACGAGCGUACGUGGAGAUCGAGUACGAGCAAGAGAUGGAACCAGCGGCCAAGAGCAAGGCCUCGUAGAGACUCCACAAACACACACACACACACACACACACACACACUUCCAAACUAUGGACAGUUCAGUCUCUCCACACUAAUAAGCAAAGCAGAGUGACUUUGUGUUUUCGUGUGUGGAGACAAUUCAAAAAGAUGUUGUUAUUGUGAUGCUGUUCUACAAUAUUUCCCAUAAAAGCUUUUUUAAUCAAAA